ACCAAAAUGACGACUGCUCAAUUUGAUUGUCAAUACUGCACAGCCUCACUUCUUGGGAAGAAGUAUGUACUAAAGGAUGAUAAUCCAUACUGUGUUUCAUGUUAUGAUCGUAUCUUUUCUAACUAUUGUGAGGAAUGCAAAGAACCAAUUGAAUCAGAUUCCAAGGAUCUUUGUUACAAACAAAAGCACUGGCAUGAAGGAUGCUUCAAGUGCACCAAAUGCAAACACUCUCUGGUGGAAAAGCCUUUUGCUGCCAAGGAUGAGCGCCUGCUGUGCACAGAGUGCUAUUCUAAUGAGUGCUCCUCUAAGUGCUUCAAAUGCAAAAGGACCAUCAUGCCUGGUUCUCGCAAAAUGGAGUUUAAGGGAAACUACUGGCAUGAAACCUGUUUUGUGUGUGAGCUUUGCCUACAGCCAAUAGGCACAAAGCCCUUGAUCUCCAAAGAGAAUGGAAAUUACUGCCUGCCAUGUUUUGAGAAGAAGUUUGCUCAUUACUGCAACUUUUGCAAUAAGGUGAUAUCUUCAGGUGGCAUAAUGUUUCAUGACCAGCAAUGGCAUAGAGAGUGUUUUCUGUGUAGUGGCUGUAGGAAAGAGCUUUGUGAAGAAGAAUUUAUGUCCAAAGAUGAUUAUCCAUUCUGCAUGGACUGUUACAACCAUCUUUAUGCCAAAAGGUGUGCGGCAUGUACCAAACCCAUUACUGGUCUCAGAGGGGCCAAGUUUAUAUGCUUUCAAGACCGCCAGUGGCACAGUGAGUGCUUUAACUGUGGAAAGUGCGCCAUCUCCUUGGUGGGUGAGGGCUUCCUGACCCAGAGCAUGGAAAUCUUCUGCCGAAAAUGCGGUUCUGGGGUGGACACUGACAUCUAGGAGGCAGCGAUGGUAGUCUUUCUCCACCAGAAAUCCAUUUUGUCUUUGUUCUCACUAAAUCCAGAACUGAGUUGCAGUAGUAUUUUUUUUUAACUUAGGUUUUAGAAAAUUGUUAAUGUAGGGUUUAUAG